AUGACUUUAACUAAGCAAACAUGCGCCAAGCAGGCAUGCGACUGCUGUCGUAUUCGUCGAGUGAAAUGCGAUGGUAAAAGGCCGUGUAGCAGUUGCCUACAGAAUAGUUUGGAUUGCACUUAUCUGCAACCGUCGAGAAAAAGAGGUCCGAAGUCCAUUAGGUUGAGGAGCUUGAAAAGAAUAGCAGAAGUGCAGAGGGAAAGCGGUCCUAACACCAUUGCAACUGCUCCUGUAAUAUAUAAGAGGGUUCCCAAAAAGCUAAUCGAUCAGUGCUUGCGGCUCUAUCACGAUAAUUUAUACGUAAUCUGGCCCCUUCUUUCGUACGAUGACCUUCACAAACUUCUGGAGGAAAAAUACAAUGACAAUUACGUAUAUUGGUUUCUGACCGCUUUAUCAGCGGCCACCCUCAGUGAUUUACAAACUGAAAUAAAAUCUGAAGAGGAAGUCACUUUCACGGGAAAACAGUUAUCUAAUCUUUGCAUCUCAUCGUGUCAGCAAUUUGACGAUUUGGAUAACAGCAAUAUAUUCAAUAUUAUGACGUACUACUGUUUGCAUCGUAGCUUUGCACAAAUAUCGAACGCAAGAACUUCUUACAGACUCUGUUGUGAAGCGGUCGGUCUGAUUACGGUAGCAGGGUUACAUCGGGAAGAAACUUACGGAUCCCUUACAUUUGAAGAACAGCAACUUAGACGGAAACUUUAUUACUUGCUUCUCAUGACGGAGAGAUACUAUGCCAUAUAUCUUCAUUGUGCGACGAGCCUGGAUGCCACAAUAGCACCACCGCAACUUGAACUUGUAACUGAUCCUCAGCUUUCUAUGGACAGUUUCCUUGAAAUGAUUAGGGUAUUUACUGUACCAGGAAAAUGUUUCUUCGAUGCUUUAGCCGCUGACUCUACAGAUGCUUCUUGCACUGAAGAGUCAUUGAAAAAGAUAUGGAACGAACUCCACACAACUUCCUCGGAAAUAGAGCCAUGGUCUAACGGUUACAUAGACAUCUCAUUUUCCCGGCAUUGGAUUAGGAUACUAGCAUGGAAGCUAGCUUAUCAAAUGAGGGGUAGCAACUUUUCAUUGAACGCUAACAAUGGGCAAAUACCAAUAGAAAUUGCGAGAGAUAUGUUAAUAGACACUUACUUAACCCCAGAGAAUCUUUACGAUGUCCAUGGUCCCGGGGUACCAGUGAAAACAUUAGAAAUAGCUACUGCUUUGGUGGACAUUGUAGGCCAGUAUGAUCAUAACAUGAAAUUAGAAGCAUGGAAUGUUUUGCAUGAUGUAUGCAAAUUUGCUUUUUCUUUAAACCACUAUAACAAUGAUAUGCUGAAGAGAUUUUCCACCAAAUGCCAGAAUGCCCUAAUUACUCUGCCCAUUUCUAAACCUUUACAAUUGGAUGGUUAUCCCAAGGAUAAUGAAGACAUAGACCCUUGA